AUGUAUACCUUAGACUCCAAAUAUUCUAUUAUCUCAAUAUUAUCCAUAUUCAGCUUAUUAUUCUUCCUCCAAGGAGCUCAUGGAGACUACGGAGGUUGGCAAGGUGGUCAUGCCACGUUCUACGGCGGCGGUGACGCUUCCGGUACCAUGGGCGGAGCUUGUGGCUAUGGAGAUUUGUAUAGCCAAGGUUACGGGACGAACACGGCGGCUUUAAGUACGGCUUUGUUCAACAACGGACUCACGUGCGGUGCGUGCUAUGAGAUGAAAUGUAACGAUGAUCCGAGAUGGUGUCUCUCGUCUACUAUUACCGUAACAGCCACUAACUUUUGCCCACCAAACUUUGGCUUAUCCAACGAUAAUGGUGGAUGGUGCAAUCCUCCUCUACAACAUUUCGACCUCGCCGAGCCAGCUUUUCUUCAAAUCGCUCAGUAUCGUGCCGGCAUUGUCCCUGUCUCUUUCCGAAGAGUACCGUGUAUGAAGAAAGGAGGAAUACGAUUCACGAUUAACGGACAUUCAUACUUCAACCUAGUUCUGAUCUCGAACGUAGGAGGAGCAGGAGACGUUCACGCGGUCUCGAUCAAAGGCUCAAAGACAGGGUCGUGGCAAGCAAUGUCUAGGAACUGGGGACAAAACUGGCAAAGCAAUUCUUACAUGAACGGCCAAAGCCUCUCGUUCCAAGUCACAACUAGCGACGGUCGGACCCUGGUUAGCAAUGACGUGGCUUCUUCUAAUUGGCAGUUCGGACAAACCUUCCAAGGUGGUCAGUUCUGA